GCAACCAAGGCGGAAUCCAGCCCUCUGUUCGUUUCCGGCACCAUCAACUUCAAUUCCCAUCCCAGAUCCUCCGCCAUUGACAACCUGCACCGAAACAUACACCAUCUCCCCAACCGCCCACAAUGUCAAACCCAGAAGCCCAAGCCGCGCAGGCUGCGCAUCAGGCACUCAUCGAGCAACUCGACAUCCACUCAAUCCACAAGACCUUCCGCAACCCGCACUGGCGCCCCAACCAACGCCGCAACAAGAACAUCAAGGCCAUUCUGGGCGACGCCUCGCGCAAGGAAGCUUCCGUAAUCGCGACCCCUCAAGACAACAGCGGUGCGGCGACCCCGCUACAGGAUAACGACGGACUCUCCACAAGCGGCGCGUCAACGCCAGCCGCCCCCUCCGCGAGCGGCUCGGCCAGCCUCCAGCCGAACCUCGCCCAGGCGUCGCGCAGCUUGUCCAAACUUGUCCUCGAAAAGACACUGUCCGCGCCUUCGCGGCCGCCAAAUGGCGUGUCCUCGGCGCCCACUGCAACCUACACCAACAUUGAGAGCGCGCCCAGUCUCGCGCCGCUGAGGCACUACUGCGACGUGACGGGUCUGCCGGCGCCCUACAUGGAUCCCAAAACGAGGAUCAGGUAUCACAAUCGGGAGGUGUUUGCCAUGAUCAGGACUCUACCGCAGGGUGUUGGGGAGCAAUUUCUGGAGGCGAGAGGCGCACAUACCGUGCUGAAAUAAGCCCGAGGAAAGAGUGCAAAGGCCAGAUUCAGAGCGUGGUUGCUGCCAGGGCGAUGAAUUGCGCCAUACAUGUCUUGUGAUGUUCGACUAAGUCUAUCCUGGGUUGCGCUCCCGGUCAUUGCUUCUGCCCGCCCAACUCCAAGCCCGAGUCGCGCUCGCCUUGCUUUCCGGACUCGCGACUGCCUCCCCGGCCAUGCUUCCCUACUUUUGG